UGUUUCUUUCUGUUUAGUAAAUCUGAGGGUCAUGUGUAUAUCUUUUACAAAGUAAACCUUUUCUUUGUCAAACAGAUAUAUAUUUUAAAUAUCAACAAGAAUGAUGAAGUCAGCGGCUAAUUUUAAUAUUUUCACACCAAAAAAACUUUCAGUUUCGCUAACAACAAUUAAUGAAAUUACAUUUAUUUACAAUACAUCAUCUCUUUGAUCGUCACUGGCUUUCUUCUUUUAAUUAAAUACCUUAUUUAAAAAAAAAUACUUGUAGCAAGUUGGCCUUAAAAUGACCGAAUCGACAUCAAAUAAUAAUAACUAUGAUGGAGAAGCGAGCCCGUUUGAUACAUCGAGGUAUAAAUCAAAUGAACACGCAGAGGAUUUUGGAUAUAAUUUCUAUCCAGACAGAGCGAGUGCCAGAAGGAAAACUUUCUGGGAAAAAAUGUGGACUGAAGGUCGAGGAAAGAAAUUUAAGUGUGAGGCUAAUGUGACAUGGUGUGUGGAAAAUCAUCCUAUGGUGAAAUUACUUUUAAGAGCUUUGAAACGUCAUGGUUGUCCUGUCAACCUAAGACGCCAUAUUGCUUGUGAACCUUGUGUUGGUUAUGUAAAUGGAGGAUAUGACCCACAACAAAAUCAGGUGGUGGUAUGUCAAAAUACAGCCAAGAAACGGUGGUUGUGUUGCAAUGUGCUUGCACAUGAGUUUAUUCAUGCUUUUGAUUAUUGCCGAGCUAAAGUAGACUUCAUGAACAUCCAUCAUUUAGCAUGUACUGAGAUUCGUGCUGCCAACUUCAUGCAUUGUUCCUUUAUGGCUGCCAUGUCUGCUGGAAGUGCUUCACCAUUUAACAUCAAACAAAAACAUGCGGAUUGUGUGAAACAGCAAGCUGUGAAAUCCAUUGUUAUUGUUCGGAAUAUAUCGAAUGAAGCAGCUCUAGAAAUUGUGAAUGAAGUCUUUGAUAAAUGCUACAACGAUUUGGAACCGGUUGGCAGAAUACCAAGGAAAGCUUCAAGGGAUAAUUAUCGGGCACUUUUGGAAGGACAGUUAUAUGGCUAUUCGGAAUAACAAUCAGAAAGAAUUAUUAUUAUUAUUAUUAUUAUUAUUAUUAUUAUUAUUAAAAAUGAACAUUGUGUUGAAA